UCCAGCAAAUGGCAUCCAAAUCCCCUUGUCUUUGACCCGUUGCCAUGUUUACGUCACUUUCAAGUUUUUCAAGUCCCUCCUUACACGCACACAGACCGUCCAAGUCAACGCUGACACCAAAAACAGAGGAGCAGAUCUGAUUGGGAACACAGGCCAAAAAAACAGAGGGUUUGAAGAUGAAAUCUGAGACACUGACGCUGGUGCUAGUGAAUCUGGCCGGAAUUGUGGAGAGGGCCGACGAGUCGUUGUUGCCAGGGGUGUACAAGGAGGUUGGGGCUGCUCUGCACACUGACCCAACUGGGUUAGGCUCGCUCACUCUGUUCCGAUCCAUAGUGCAGUCCUCUUGUUAUCCACUUGCCGCUUACCUGGCUGUGCGUCACAACCGCACCCAUGUCAUUGCUCUCGGCGCUUUUCUCUGGGCCGCCGCCACCUUUCUCGUUGCCAUCUCCUCCACCUUCUCCCAGUAUCUUAGUGCAAGAGCUUUUAAGUGGCCUUAUUUCCACCAAACGGUGGCAGUUUCAAGAGGUUUAAAUGGGAUUGGACUUGCCAUAGUGACACCUGCCAUUCAGUCCCUCGUUGCUGAUUCAACCGAUGAUGGCAACCGUGGUGUGGCUUUUGGAUGGCUACAACUAACAGCAAGUUUUGGCUCCAUAAUUGGUGGGCUUUGUUCUGUGUUAAUAGCACCAACAUCUUUCGUGGGCAUCCCUGGUUGGAGAAUUUCUUUCCUUUUGGUUGGACUAGUAAGUGUAGUAGUAGGUAUUUUGGUCCGCCUCUUUGCGAAUGAUCCAAACUUUUCUGAAGAUCGAUUUCAACACAAGUCUUUUUGGUCAGAAGUUAAAUACCUAACUAAAGAAGCAAAAUCUGUUAUGAGAAUCCCAUCGUUCCAGAUAAUUGUGGCUCAGGGUGUCUCUGGAUCAUUCCCCUGGUCAGCAUUGUCAUUUGCCACUAUGUGGUUAGAACUUAUAGGCUUCUCCCACAAGACAACAGCAUUCUUGUGGACGCUCUUUAUAAUUGCUGCUUCACUUGGGGGUCUGUUUGGAGGAAAGAUGGGGGAUUUGCUUUCAAAACGCUUACCGAAUUCCGGGAGAAUAAUCCUUUCACAGAUAAGCUCAGGUUCUGCCAUUCCUUUAGCUGCAAUUUUACUGCUGGUAUUGCCUGAUGAUCCAUCCACGGCAUUCAUGCACGGGCUGGUCCUGUUCAUAAUGGGAUUGAUUAUAUCCUGGAAUGGUGCAGCAACUAACAAUCCCAUAUUUGCAGAGAUAGUCCCUGAGAAGUCCCGUACAAGCAUCUAUGCUUUGGAUCGAUCUUUUGAGACAAUACUAGCGUCAUUUGCUCCCCCUGUAGUUGGAAUUUUGGCUCAGCACGUUUAUGGUUAUAAACCAGUUCCAAAAGGAUCAUCAAACUCCGUAGAGAUAGAAACGGAUAGAGAGAAUGCAGCAUCACUUGCCAAGGCACUCUAUACGGCAAUUGGUGUUCCAAUGGCAAUCUGUUGCUUCAUCUACUCCUUCCUCUAUUGCACAUACCCGAGAGACAGGGAGAGAGCAAGAAUGCAGACAUUAAUAGAGUCCGAAAUGCAACAGCUAUGGGAAUAUAAUUCUUCUUCAAAAGGAGAGUACUUUGAAGUUCAUGUUUCAGAAACGAAAGAGUUUAACAGCAAUGAAAGAAGUGAGAUCAAUGGAGAUUUUGGAGGAGAAAACAGUCUUGAUCAUUUGGAUGAUAACAACGACAAGAAGUAUUUGCUUUCCCAUCAGCUAACCUUCUCAAAUAUGGGAGAAUGAUGAAGCUGUCCAAGCAGAAGCCGCAUUUAUGUAUCCUUGACAAACUGAUCAAAUGAUGAAAAAGCUUCACCAAUAUACACUCAAGUUCAGAAUCCAGAGAUUUUGCAUGCCACAAUCACACCCAUUAUUUUGUUUCAGAGAUGGGUUGGUCUGUUCCAUGAUUUAAGAAAUUGUUAAUUCUUUUUAAAAUAUUAUCUGUAAACUCUUCUUAAUUAUAAUCUCAACCUCU